UAGGCUGUCAUCCUCACAUCGACUACAGCCCAUCUAUCCGCGACUGUGGUCCUGCUCCAUUAUUUCUCUCUCUCUCGGGUUGGAACAUGGACACGCUCUGAAGGCGCGCUACCCAACGCUAGUCCACUUGUCAGAUACCCGAAAUUCCUCUUACUGUCGGCUCACGUGAGAGCAGUAAUGAUGGAGUAUUGGAGGCAGUGUGCGCUGUGGUUGAUCAACUGCAAGGUGCUUCCAGCAAACCAUCGGGUUACGUGGGAGACUGCGCAGGUAUUCGACUUGGCCCAAACCCUUCGGGAUGGAGUGCUUCUUUGCCACCUUCUCAACAACCUCAGGCCCCACUCUAUCAACCUAAAGGAGAUCAACCUGCGACCUCAAAUGUCACAGUUCCUAUGCCUGAAGAACAUCAGGACCUUUCUGGCGGCGUGCAAUGACACAUUUGGAAUGAAGAAAAGCGAGCUGUUUGAGGCUUUUGACCUUUUUGACGUCAGGGAUUUUGGAAAGGUUAUGGACACACUUUCGAAGCUUUCUCACACAACGACUGCACAACAAACUGGAAUCAGGUCUUUUCCAACUGAAGAAAGUGUUGAAGAUGAGGAUAUCUACAACCACCUUGAGGACCUAAUAGACGAGAACGGGGUGGAAGAUGAGGAGGAUCUGUAUGACUGUGUGUAUGAUGAUGAAGAGGGCGGUGAAAUCUAUGAGGACCUGAUGAAAACGGAAGCUCUCGCGCCCCCGGUGUUCCAGAAACAGGCAGAGAUUGACAUCAGGAGUUGCUGUUUAACAGAAAUUAAGCAGACAGAGGAGAAAUUUUCCGACACCCUGGAUUCUAUAGAAAAGAACUUUAUGACACCUCUCACUGUGUUUUUAUCCACGGACGAGAUAGAGAAAGUGUUUGUGAAUAUACCGGACCUGGUGAAAGUUCACAAAUGUUUACUGCAGGAAAUUCAAGACUCAGUCCAACACAGGAGUGCUGAAAAUCUUCACCAGAUCUUUAUUGCUUUCAAAGAAAGGUUGCUAAUCUAUGGGAAAUACUGCAGCGAUGUGGAGACAGCCAUUGCCACGCUAGACAGUAUAUGUAAAGACAGAGAGGAUGUACGCAUGAAGCUUGAGGAGUGUUCUAAAAGAGCCAACUAUGGCAAAUUCACUCUGAGGGAUCUGCUGGUGGUCCCCAUGCAACGGGUCUUAAAGUACCAUCUCCUCCUGCAGGAGCUCGUUAAACACACUCACGAUGCCACAGACAAGAGUAACCUACGGAAGGCAUUAGAUGCCAUGAAGGACUUGGCCCAGUAUGUCAAUGAAGUCAAGAGAGACAAUGAGACACUGCGAGAAAUAGAUCAGUAUCAGAAAUCCAUUGAAAACCUAAAUCAGCCUCUGAGUAACUACGGGAGACCCAAAGGUGACGGGGAAGUGCGUGUGGCCUCGGUGGACAAACGAGCUAAACAGGACCGGCAUAUCUUCUUGUUCGAUGCUGCUGUUAUCGUUUGCAAGCGAAGAGGAGACAACUAUGAGAUGAAAGACGUAAUAGACCUGCACCUGUUUAAGAUCACAAACAACCCUACGUCAGACAAGGAGAACCGAAAGUGGUCCUACGGAUUCUACCUGACUCAUAACCAGGGCCAGAAUGGCUUUGAGUUCUUCUUCAAGACCAAAGAGCUGAAAAAGAAGUGGCUGGAGCAGUUUGGCAUGGCCAUCUCCAACAUUCAUCCUGAGAAUGCAACAAACAAUUUCCAUGAGUUUCAUAUGCACACUUUUGAAAGAAUUACCUCCUGCAAUUCUUGUCACAUGCUACUGCGGGGAAUAUUUAACCAGGGUUACAUAUGCUCCAACUGCGGACUAGGUGCUCAUAAAGAAUGCCUGGGCCGCCUGGGCUGCUGUGGAAAAACAGAUCCCGGCUCCGUCAGAACUCAGAUCAAAGACCGAGAUCCAGGUCUGCCCAAGAUGAUGGUGAUCAGGAACUACUUUGGUGUGCCGAGCCCGACUUCUGGUCCGGCGCUCAGCAUCCAGACGGGUGACAUCAUCGAAUUAAUCUGUGCUGACCUUCACAGCCCCUGGUGGCAGGGCAAAAUCUUGUCAACAAAAGAAGUUGGCUUCUUCCCAAGUGACGCCGUGAAGCCAUGCCCAUGUGUUCCAAAGCCCAUUGAUUACUCCUCUCAACCAUGGUUUGCAGGACCUAUGGAGAGACUGCAGGCAGAGGCAGAACUCAUUAACCGGGUCAACAGCACCUACCUGGUCCGCCAUCGCAGCAGAGAGUACACAGAGUACGCCAUCAGCAUUAAGUACAACAACGACGUGAAGCACAUAAAGAUCCUGACGAAGGAGGGCUGCUUCCACAUCGCAGAAAACAAGAAGUUCCGGAGUCUCUUUGAGCUGAUUGAGUACUAUAAACAUCACUCCCUAAGAGAGGGAUUCAGGAGUCUGGACACCACGCUGCAGUAUCCAUACCGGGAACUGGAGAAUUCUGCAAUGCAUCGUCUCAACCGCUCUGGUGGCAACACCCCAUUGCUCUGCAGCCUCUCUUUUGUAACCCCCGCCGGCUACAGCUUUGUACCUCCUUCCUCUGCCCCCUUCUGGUCAGUGUUUACUCCGAAAGUAAUUGGCGUGGCCAUUGCACGGUACGAUUUCAGUUCACGUGACACGCGAGAGCUCUCGCUGGAGGAGGGUGACGUAGUGAAGAUUUACACUAAGUCUGGAGCCAACGGGUGGUGGAGGGGCGAGGUCAAUGGCAGGAUUGGCUGGUUUCCAUCCACAUAUGUAGAGGAAGGCGAGGAGUGAGCUGACCAACGAAGAAGAGUGAGACAAAAGAAGAACGAAGUGAGUCAAAUCAAUAAGCUCAGAACCAGCGGACGCUUGUUGCUUUCAUCCAUCCGAGACCUUUAGGAGCAAACCAAAAAAGGGCUGCUGAACACGGGUGACGCAAAGAUGGCCGGCCCCAUCCUUUCCGCUUGGCUUAGUGUGGCUAAGUAACUCCACCGUCUACAAGUAGCAGCUUGCCUGUCAGCGGGGCACGCGGGCUCGCCAGACUCCGAGCUAUCCAUAAUAUCCCACACCUUUCUGCCUGAACCAGCCACAGACACCCUUGCCCAAAUCCCACCUGUUUCUGCUUGCCAACUUGGCGGGUGCAGACAUGUCAGAAAGCAGGAACUCAGACACCAUUCAUGCACUCAUACCUACAUGGGAAUGGAAUCAUCCAAGCUGGAACACCCACACUGUCAUUUUUUUUUUUUUUAAAGUGUAUUUUUCAUCUCACAUCCUCUUCCCAUUUUGAAGAAAUUUCUGUGGUGUUGACCUUGCCUGUGUGUUUGUUCCACUAAUGCCGGUGGUUAUUGAUGACUCGAUGGCCCACGCUGGCGCAGCAGCCACCCCUCUUUGAUCGCAAUCGCCGCACUUCCACUCAUACAGGAGAUGUAAGAUAACGACGGCGUCGGCGCACAGUGCCAGCAAUUGAUGGCUCUUGUUCCCAUUUUCCUCUAGCUGCUCACAUUCUUUAUCUCCAGCACAGACUCUCGUGUUUUCGCUUGUGUCGGCCGUUAGCGAUCCUCUUGCUUAUCGCUGGCAGAAGCCCAUUCGCGGGAGGCUUUAUCUUAUUGGAGGUAUUACCGGCCUGUCGGGGAGAACACGCCACACAGUCUGCUGGCCAACUGACCCGAGAGGAAAUCAGACCUUCCACUUAGGUUUGGUUUUAGCCAUUUUGUCAUUUACAUGCUUGUUCUUUCAAAAUAUUAUUCAAACACCUUUGCAAUACAAUAUGGAGCAAAACAUUAAUAAGAGGCCGUACACUUAAAAUAAUUUAAUUAAAAAAGUUACACUAAUUUAAUUAAAAAAGUUCUGCUCCUUCCUGCUUUUGUACCCUUCACACUUGAACUAUACACUAACAUAUAACAUACCGUAUAUAAAAAAAGUGUAAUUCAGUAAUUAUCAAUACGAUCUAUAGACUGUAGGCCAAACAAGACUUCUCCACAAAUCUCAGACAGUGUAGACAUAUUCAAUAUAAUAUUUAAGGAUGUAUAGGAUGUUUAGCUAAGGAAUGUUUUAAUGAUUCAACUGGACAUAGAAAUUAAUGGGAGUUCAAUAUAAAGAUUUUAUACAGUACUGGAUAUAAUGUUUGAAAAUAAAUAUUGUAUUUAUAAUAAGGUUUUUUUUCAAAGUCAGUUUUUCAUGAUUCAUUUAUUGGCAUUUUAUUUUGAUGUGACAUAUUGUGAUGCAAAAGAUACACCCCAAUUGGGUUGAUUUCAACAACAUUUAAGUGACCUUUAUAGAAAACACUUCACUUGGGUAAUUCUGUAUUUUUUACACAUUCAUUCAAAUUCCUCUGUAUUGCCAUUAAUUGUCAUUAAUGCCAAUGCGAUGUUCCCUAUUUUGAAAAUUCCUGGAUUUUUUUUCAACCCUAUUUAAGGGCUAAACAGAGUCAUGUGAUGAUAAAAGCAGACAAUUUCUAUCAUUUCAAGUUGGUAUUUGGCUACAUUUUCUAUGUUCCCCCUCAUUCCACAAAUACCAGCUUUCACACGCAACUACGUGUGAAAUGUUAAAAACAUCACCGCUCUUUUCACCUUUUUUGCUAUAAGGAAGCUUUUUGUUCGAACUCACAGGAAGGCAAAAAAACGCAAUGUACAUAAGAUACUGUAGAUUAUUCAGUGCACGCAUCAUCACACGGUCCAGAGGUGACAUUGAGGCAGAGCCACUUGUUAGUCAGAAGUCAGAGACUUUAUGUGAUGAACAGAUGGACUCCGCCUCUGGAAACACACCUCAGGGCGUCGUGACCUCAGGUGUGUGAGGCUAUUGCGCCACUAACUGAUUUUGCAACAUGCACAAUUAUUUGUAAAUUAGGCUGUUCCCUCAUUAUUAGAGAUGUUAUAUUCGGAAAUGAUUAAUGCAGACAAAGUCACUUCACAUCAUUAUGCCAUAUGAAUGUUUUUUUUUUUUUUUUUUUUUUUUUUUUUUUAGAAAAAUAUACCGCAAAAUACCACUAGAUGGAAGCCUCUUUCAUUUCUGGGCGGUCACCUUCAGUUUGACAAAGUUUGGAGAUGACAUCAUCAGUUUAACAAUAUUUAAAGUGGAAUUUAAACAAGUCAUUACAGGAGAAUGAGCAGGAACAAAAUACAUGCUUUCAUUUUAUUUUUUUAUUUUUUUACAUUCAUUAGUGUAAAAAAAAUCCAUUCCAGAAUAACCAUGUCUAAUAGAAACUCCUUCAAUAUUUUUUUACCCUUUUGCUUAGCUUCCUUUAUCAGCCUGCAGAUUCCAGAAAGUCAAAAUUCUUACUCUUUCUCGUCGACCAUGAAGAAACAGACUGUCUCAGGAGACCUGGAGUGGGCUUCUCUAAUGGCAGACUGUGGUAAUCCACUCCCACUCUGCCCCUCUGCCCAAAUGAACUAUGACGGCGUAGUCAUUAACAAGUGCACGCCCUCCUUCCAACAAGUGUGCUUGCAGAUAUUUUGAAAACAUUUUCUAAAAUUUCUUUGCACUGGAAGAAGCCUCAAGGGUACCCGCGAUCUAAUCAUGACACCAUCUCUACACAUCGGCGACCCUGCUGCAUCCGUCUCUCUCUCGGUUUCUCUCUCGCUCGUCCUAAGUCACGGCGUUACCCUUUCAGUCCCUGCCAAUCCUUUCCCCAUCUAUUUUUAAUCUAAUCUCUGACCACCCAUUUUCACUGUGGAUCCUGUGCCCUCACAUGAUAGUCUGAGGGCUGUGUGGUGUGGUGCUUCAUAACCAACCAAAACAAAAUGUUUUAGAAUGGAAUUCCAAAAUUGAUUUUACAUACCAGCUCGUAGAUGCCCUUCAAACGUGAUCUUUUUUUCACCCAAGAAAUCCUCGCCAAGUCACCCUGUGUUUUGUGUAUGUUUUUGUGUGUGUGUGUGUGUGUGUGUGUGCGUGUGCAUGUCUCAGUGACUUUUCGGUUUGUAUGUGAUGUGCUCCAUGUUAUUGAGCCAAAGAUGUACUGUAUGCUGUGUUUACUGUACAGUCGAUAUUAUUGUCUUAUACCAUGGUACAACCGCUGUGGCCUAAAUUCAAAACAGCUCAGGCCUGUGUAGCAUUCCCCUGUAUAUUUUUUAUUGUACCAUAAUGUAAAAUAUGUUUAUAGUAUCUAAUAAAAAUAUGUUGCUUA